AUGGCUAUGAGCGAUGUUGACCAAACUCCUUUCAAGUGUUUCCAAAUGUUCACCUGCCAACACCCUGGAUAUAACCCGAUCCUCCACAUUCUUAGUGAGUCCAAUUUUGUGGUAGAGGGUGAAAGGUACGUGUAUAGUACUCGGAAGAAUCGUCAUCUGGGAGAGAAUGCACCAGGUGGGUGUUUCGUGAGGCUGUUUGAAUUUUUCGAAUGUGAAAUUGUAGAGCAGGGUUUCUACUUUGACACCUGUCCCGAUGAAGCGAUAGCACCCCUCGAUGACUUACCCGGGCCGGUCGACCCAUUCAACAUAGAACCUUACUUCACCUCGUGCCCACCUACAAGCGAUUACAUGUACAAGGAGCCCCUGGCUGCUUCAUCCUGCCACACCCCUUGUAGUCAUGGCAACGGGACGGUCCAUGCUGGUCUCAAUAUCACUUUCAAAGCGGAUCCAUGGACUUCUGAGCAUUUGCAAGCCAUCACUAUCUCGCUACGACGUGAUUUAAGCUCUCUCUAUGUACACUGCGUCACAUUCCGAUUUAACGGAAAUGGACUUUCCCAGGCUGCAUUGGAACAGCAUGAGUUCUUCUAUGAUGGCUUCAUUGGUCUUGUACCAGGAGAAAGUUAUACAGUCAGUGUUUUAACUCUACCAACCAGGAGUCAGUCGGAUAAUUAUUUAUCAAAGAAAAUAGAAAUCCCGUGGGAGUCCUGUUGGGUUCCAGACCUAAAAAUCCAUGAAACACCGUUUGCUGUCAAUGUCACCCUCUUCCAAGAUCUGAAUUACGGGUUCCAACGUUUUAAAGUCCGUCUUUUCGAUGGUCCAUACAUAAAGAAUUUAACUGUGGAUUUCAGUACUGCAGAUAUUUAUGAGAUGGAUGGGAAAAACGGCACAAAUAUCAUCUUUGAGUGCAUAGAGCCAACAACAGCUAAACUGAAAUUAUAUGUUCAAUCUGAAGAGUGCCAUCGUUGUCUGGAAAACGUGACUAAAAUUCAAGUUCAAGGUGUAGCACCGAAAUUCAAUAAUUGCCCAGAACAUGACAUCAUCAGAGAGGUUGAAAUGAGGAAACUAAUGAAUGAGAUGAUUCCCGUCCAAUGGUCGCCUCCAACACCAGUCUUCCAGGGCGAUUGCGGGUCUGGCUCCAACAGUUCUCAUGAUCCAAAUACCACUGCCUUCCGAGUUGGGACGACUACUUCUAUCAGGAACGUGGCAUGGCAGUUUUCAUCAGUGUCUGAAUGCACCUUCAAUAUCGAAGUCAGGGCAGAGACCCCAGCUGCCUCUCCACUGGUGAUUACGUUAUCUUGUCUAGCGGGAGUUCUCAUUGUGGUUGUGCUAGCCAUUGUGUGCAAAAAAAGAUAUAAAGGCAUGAAACAAAACGAAACAGGAUCCAAAGAGAAACUUCAGACAAGUGAAGUCAUAUUCAAGCGUGUAGACCCUCGCAAACCCGAUGGUAUUGCUUUGCACAGUCUCAUUUGUUAUUCUGAGAGUCAGCUGUCGUUAGACAAGUGCCGCAAAAACCUCUGUCCUUCCCGUCAGGUAUUCCUCGAACGCUCAAUAUCUGAACCUGAAAUUCAGCCGCAAUCCUCCGGAUUUUUUGAAGGUGAAUCUAUUCCCAGCUUUGGGCACCCUCCCAUUUCACCUCGUCUUGAGAGUGUGACAGAGGAAGAGAGGAAAGUCCUAGUGUGGAGACCCAACGAGGAGGAUCGAUCCGCCAACGAAUCAAGGUAUUCAAGCCCCUACUACGAUGAUUCACCGGUCUCACUGGAAUCCACUUGUUGAUUCUGCUGACAUCCAUGAGAAUAAACAAGUCCCCAAGUCCUGUUGCAGAGAAAGCAGUAUGGUGUGAACAAUAUCGACACACCACAGGCGUCUCAUAGUAUUCAAGCACAAAUGAUAGUUUCACAAUCCUGUCAGGGUACAGGUACGGUGUAUGUACUGUACAAUGCCACGUGAAGACUCCAUGAUUAAUAUGUUCAGUCAACUCGUUGGAUGGAUAUAUGCAGACUCAGUCUUGGUCUCCAAUUGGACGAAAAAAAGCACAAGCACAGAAUCCCCUUUUACCAAAGCUUGAUUAUCUAAUGUCUUGUAUGAGCACAAUAGAAUUACAAAGUGAAAAAAAAAAUCAACUGGGUCUUCAUGUUUCUGAGAAGGUCUUCCAGUAUGGUAGAACAAAGUUGAGAGAUGAGAUUCUCCAAUUGAAUAGACAUGUGGAGCGUCGUGGCCCAGUGGAUUGUAUCAUAUAUAAUGAUUGUUAUAUGUGAACAUGUAUUUAUUUUUGUUUUAAAAAGGCCCAUGUUUUAUGGAGCAUGAGUCAAAUGUCGAAUGUGUCAGAGAUUAUUAUAAAUAGAUGAUUUAGAUAGGAUGCAUAUUCUAUCCCCAAAAAUAUAUAUUCUUUUAGACAAAAAUCAAGAUAAGUAAUAUUCUUCCGCUUGUUAUUAUUAACUGUCUUGUCAUGACUCCAAGGCCCAUAUUCUGAAGUCGGGCUUAACUUAAACUCAGGUUUAAAGUUGUGGUUUAAGUAUGGAUAGCCAAUUGUCACAUAAAUCACUAUAAUGGUAGAAAUAUCAUAUUCUAGCUAAUUUGGCUCUCAAAUCAUUCAUAAUUGUCUAGGAAGAAUAAAUAGAUGAUCAUCUUCACCAUCGAUGAAUCAGGAAAGAGCACAGUAAAAAAAGGAAACAUACAACUUAAUAAAAAUUUUGAGACUUUUGGCUUCCCAUAAUUUUAGCACAGAGUUAGGCCAUGGUCUAAGUUAAACCUGACUUCAGAAUACGGGCCCAAGAAUAUAUAUUGAUACAUAAAAUGAUUGUAUAUAUUUAGCAAACUUUUAACAAAUUAGCAAAUAAUCAUCAAAUGAAAUGCAUCAUCAGAUUUUUCAGAAUGAUUUCAGUACAUACCUCUGUGAUCGAUAUUUAUAGUGAUAUUAAUGGCUUCAAUUCGACUAGGUUGUAUUAAUGAUUGGUUUUGUGUAUUUGGAAAAUCUGUUAUGUUGUGAAUAUUUUGACACUAGAAAAAAAAAAUUGAGUACGUUGAGUUUUAUUAGGUUUUAUUGUAACACUAAAGGAAAAAAGAGAAAAUGUAAAGUGUUAAUUAUAUGAGUUUACAAUGUAUUCAUAUAUUAAUUUGUAACGAUAUAUUGUAUUUGAUGUAUGAAUUUUAUUUUGUAUAUGACAUGUAUGAAUUGAAGUUGUUGACAAAUAAAAACUUCUUAAUAC